CAGCAUCAGGCUCGGCCCAUGUGAGAUGCCUCCUCCCAAUCACAGACCACCCUUUCCAGUUCAGAGAACUGCAGCCGGUAGAAAAGCACCUUGGGCUUGUGCAUACUGCAGAGUGAGCGGUGCGGCGGCAGGAGGAGGAGCAGGAAGAGCAUCAGGCAGCCUUCUCAACCUGCAAGCCACAGGGGCCCCGCCUAUUCUUUGCUUUCCCUUGUGAGUUGCAGUUUAUAGUGCCCAAAAGUGGCAGGGCAGUACCAGGGACUCUCCGUGUGUGUCAGCCCCAUCAUCAACAUCUCAGAUCUGCUUUUCCUGCCCUUGACGACCUUUCAGAGCUUCAGUUCACUUCUCAGAAGGGUGUCUCCAGUAUUCAUCAUAGCAGAAGGCACUGAUCAGACUUGCUGUGGGAAAUCCCAAAGAUGACCAAAGACGAUUCCACUGUCCGUUGCUUCCAGGGCCUGCUGAUUUUUGGACAUGUGAUUGUUGGUGGCCAAGAAUCCUCAUCCAUUUACUGUAAAGCACUGGAAAGAGAAUCACUGACACUCUCACUUCUCUACCCCCUGCUUGAAGCCACCAACAACGAUGACAUCUAUGGGGCUGCCUGGAUCGGCAUGUUUGUGGGCAUCUGCCUCUUCUGCUUAUCUGUUCUAGCCAUUGUAGGCAUUAUGAAGUCCAACAGGAAAAUUCUUCUGGCGUACUUCAUUCUGAUGUUUAUAGUAUAUGGUUUUGAAGUUGCAUCCUGCAUCACAGCAGCAACGCAAAGAGACUUUUUCACACCUAACCUCUUCCUGAAGCAGAUGCUGGUAAGGUACCAAAACAACAGCCCCCCAACCAAUGAUGAUGAAUGGAAAAACAGUGGAGUUACCAAGACUUGGGACAGGCUCAUGCUCCAGGAUCACUGCUGUGGUGUAAACGGUCCAUCAGACUGGCAGAAAUACACGUCUGCCUUCCGGACUAAGAAUAAUGAUGCUGACUAUCCCUGGCCUCGGCAGUGCUGUGUCAUGAACAAGCUUAAAGAACCUCUCAACCUGGAGGCUUGCAAACUUGGCGUGCCUGGUUAUUAUUACAAUCAGGGUUGCUAUGAACUAAUCUCUGGACCAAUGAACCGUCAUGCCUGGGGGGUUGCCUGGUUUGGAUUUGCCAUUCUCUGCUGGACUUUUUGGGUUCUCCUGGGUACCAUGUUCUACUGGAGCAGAAUUGAAUAUUAAGGAUACAGAGUCUCCACCCUACCUCCCUCCUCUAGUGACUCUGGAUUUGGUGCUGGAAGCUGCUGUUUCCUCACAUUCCCCAUGUGUGAUCCACCAUGACAUGCCAGCUCUGGUGAACUGAACUUCCUUUAGGGUCUCGGGCUGCUGUGAUCCUCAGGAGUAGUAUUUCAUACUCUAGCCUAGGAUUCUACAACAUAUUUAUGUGCUAUACGGCAGAAAAGUUGGAAAGUGGAGUUGACUCUUAUUUCUAUUUGUUUUUGAGGUAGGGGCACAAUGGUAUUCCAAGGAACCUGCGUGGUCAGUGUCAGCCCAAUCUGUACUUAAGAGUAAACCUGAGAAGCAGUCUCUCUUUCUCUCUAGUUUCUUCAAAACAACCUUGCAAGGUUUCCAUUUGGCUCAGGGUGGUCUGAGUGAGGGAAGGAAGUGGGAAGUGGCUGAGCUAUGCCUUCUGCCUCCAGCUCUACUGUGCCUUCUGUCUGCAGAGACUGCUGAUACUCUCUCAUGGUGACACAUUUGGAUCCUUCUGUUCUCCGGACAUUCUUUGGUCUUUAGUUUACAAGCUCAAAUUUUCUCUCAUGCUUUACAGAGUGACACAUGUUUAGCAACUCCAUUCUGCAUUCAUUAAAAGUACAUAAACUUUGGGGACAUAGGCGGGGCCUGUUUUACAUUGACUCAGUCUUUGCCCUGAAUGGUUUCAACCUGAAACCAUGAGAAGCAGGGUGGCUACUAGAACCCGUGAUUUAUGGGGACUUAGGUUUGCUGUCAAAAUGCUUUGUCUCUGAACUAUGCUUCCAUUUACAAUCCUGAAGGAAGUUCUGACAACUCACCAUUUAUUUACCUAAGUAUAAAUAAAAAGGUCUUUGAAUUA